AUGCCUGCCCCCGAUGCCAGAACACGUAGCAAGAUCCCUUUGAACCCAACGAGAGUCUUUUCUUCCUCCAUUCCUCGGGCUUUGCUUCCCCAGGUUUUGGGCUCUAACUUGCUUCUUGCUGGCGUUGUAUAUCUGGGAAAGGAAUGGCUGCUUUCGCAGGAUGUUGGCAUGUUCUGGGUCGUUAUGAGGUUACUUGCGUGCGGGGGCCUCGGAAUCCUUGUCUGGGAAGGGAUCACAGGCCAGAUGCGUGCAAGGAAACAUAUAGAGUUCUCGGUGCUCGCCAUGGCUUCUCUUUUGCUUUUUGUUCAGCAAAUAUCAUUCUUUACGGCCCUGUAUAGGAUGUCUGCCAUCCGUGUGGUCAUUUUAACGCAUUUCGCUCCGUAUUGGACACAGGCUCUCCUCGGUGGUAGUACGCAAUCAUUCGCCGCGAUUGUUACCUUAGCCAUUGCGUUCUUAAGCGACAUACAAUUCUCCUUCGCGAAUAUCUGGCACUUCUUGCCUCCAUAUGGCGCUCUCAUUGUUUAUGCCAUCGUAUCGACUGCGCUUGAGCACACCCAUAGUGUCCUUUCUCCGUCGCUUGGGACUACAGUGACGCUUAAUGCAAGUACAUUGGGCGCUGCAUUCAUAGCGCUACCUCUAUACGGAUUUAGGACUGUCCUUCUCGGAUUCCCUACGACGCCAGUCAUUCCCCUGUCAUCGUUGGCCAUUUUGCCGCUACUGACCAUAAGUCUGCUUUUUGUCACGCCAACGACUACGCGUGCUGUCGGUCUUGCAGCCUCCGCCGCCCACUACGUCAGCUUUUCGUACCCCGUCGUUGCUCUAUCGACCACUCUCUUUGGCAUUCUCGCGUUCUCUCGAUUGCCUUCUUGGAGCGACAUACUCACAGCCUCGGUAUUGUACUAUGCCGUUUAUCCCCUUGGUCAGGAUGCUCUGAUGCCAACGUCCCGUACUCCGACUUCUCGUUUGAUUCGUUCCUACCUCAAGACCAUUCUUUCUAACCCUGAAUCGCGAAAGAUAUUCUAUUUCCUCAUGUUAAACAUGUGCUACAUGUUGGUGCAGAUGUUAUACGGCGUUUGGACAAAUAGCCUGGGUUUGAUAUCAGAUGCUAUACAUAUGGCCUUCGAUUGUAUGGCCAUAGGUGUCGGUCUACUUGCGUCAGUCAUGGCGACCUGGGAACCCAAUGUCCGCUUUACUUAUGGCUACGGAAGGAUCGAGACGCUGUCUGGGUUCGCGAACGGCAUAUUCCUCAUUCUCAUAUCCAUCUUCAUCGUUUUCGAAGCUAUUCAGCGACUUUUGGAUCCCCCGGAGAUGAAUACUAGUCAACUACUCUUAGUCAGUUCCCUUGGGUUGGCUGUGAACCUUUUCGGUAUGUUCGCCAUGGGUGGUCACCAUCAUCCACGCUCACAUACACAUUCGUCCCGUCAAUCCGAUCACGCAUCUAAAACCCACCGCCGGCACGACUCCGAGAAGCGUCGGCCGCCCCCUCUCCAAGGCCUCGUCGACCUCUCGGCUCCAGAAAGCUUGCUUUCCCCAAUAUCCCCCAUAGGGCGGGUUGAUCAAUCACCCGUCACUCCUCAAUACCACUUUGGUGCGGACGACCACUACCAAAAGCACCACCAAAACGAUACCCCGAAUCUAAAUAAUCAUAAUCAUGCCCCGGACCACUCGCACGAGGGGCACAGUCACAAUAUGCGAGGUGUAUUUCUGCAUGUUAUGGCCGAUACCCUCGGAUCAGUAGGAGUCAUUAUUUCCACACUUCUGAUCCAGUUCUAUGGAUGGACAGGCUUCGAUCCUAUCGCAUCUCUGUUUAUCGCGAUUAUGAUUGCUGCUAGUGUUAUACCGUUGGUUUUGGACACCGGCCGGGUCUUGUGUCUUGACGUUGCAGAUCGAGAUACAGACAUACAGCACGCGUUGUCGGAGCUCGCGUCCGUCGAAGGCCUUGCGUCGUACACUUCGGCGCGAUUCUGGCCGAAAGAUGCGUCGAGUCUGAUUGGAUCUAUCCAUAUACAGCUCAGUCCCUCUGCAGCAACGUAUGAUCCUGCUGGUCCUCACUCGAGUCAGCGAACGACGUAUAUGAACUUAGACCGGGUAGUAGAGCGUGUAGACACGCUUCUUAAGAAGCGUAUACGCGGGUUGGAGGAGUUAACUAUCCAAGUGGGAGAGCCUGCCUUUAACUAA